GGGGUUUAGACUAGCGCGUCAGGCGUCUCGUAGACGACUCUUUCCAUUGUCACUUAUCUUCUCCCGCCCUAGACCAGUACUAUCGAUAUUAUUCGGUAACGAGGGAGGCCGGCUUACUUCCUACGCCGCAUUGAACAUUAAACUUUAGCCUCACCCACUGUUUCCUGCUUUCUUCCCAAUAUGUCCGAAAUGGAGUUCGGCGCCAUUCUGUUACUCUACGGCAUCAUAGCCGUACUCCUGUACACCUUACAUGGUGCAUUUUGGGACUCUAUCUUUCGCCUGUCGCCAAAUUCUCAGGUCCAAAAGUUGCUGCUGUCACUUUCUGGUAUGAGUUCUAUUUUGAUGUCGGUCAGUGAUAACUUCCCCAUUGUACUAGCAUAGCUGAGGAUAAAGAGCCUAUUGUUCGCAUCAAUCAAUACGAACUCAGCGUGAAUGAUACAGAUCUGGAUUACGCUGGGGUAUCUGUUCAGGCGGUUGGGGAAUAGGUUGUAGUUGUACGAUACGGAGUAUGAGCGCGAUAUAGCGUAUGUGCAGAGUUAUUUCAUUCCGGCGUCGAGUAGGCAGAGUAGACGAUGUAGGGUAGUGGAGAAGAAACACGCAGACGAGACGACGCG